CAUUCAGUCACUCAGUCAGGCUGCAGGCCCAGUACCGGGGAGCGCGAGCACCCACACGGGUCGUACUACCCAGUCUGACCCUCUCGCCUCUCACCUUUCUGACUUCCUACCCUGAGGAGACGGGCACAAGUUGAGACUCCGCCCUGAGGGGUCCUUCAGGACAGGGUGCAGCCAUGUCACAGUUCUCCACCAUGACGACCGGGGAGAGGAAAAUGCAGGCGGCAGCAAUCUGCAGGGAGGUUCAAGGCCCGGAAGACGUAGAGAUGGAUCUUGGGAAGAAAAUGAAGAUGCCUAAGGACAUCAUGCUGGAGGAGCUGUCUCUCGCCUCAAACCGGGGCUCCCGUCUCUUCAAAAUAGGCCAGAGACGCUCAGAAAAAUACACGUUUGAGAGCAUCCAGAAUCAAAACAACCAGCAGCUUAAUAGCACAACACUUUCUCAAACUGAGAAUGGGAGCGCCACGGACGGCCACAGCGGCGAGAACAACGGGGAUGCCGACCAAUCGCCUGUUGUGCCAUCUGAUGCACCAGAUACAAGCAUGGUGCCAAAUGCAGAAAGCAUCGCCCCGGGGUACGGAGGUCCUUUGAAAGACAUCCCUCCAGAGAAGUUCAACAGUACAGCUGUACCAAAGUCCUACCACUCACCCUGGGAGCAGGCCAUCAUCAGUGACCCGGCCUUGGCUGACAUUCUCAACACCCACAUGUCCGAGCCGGAGCCCCGACCAGACCUACCGGGGUACAAAAGUUUCAACAGGGUGGCAACCCCGUUCGGUGGCUUCAGCCAGGCACCCAGACCUGCUCCCAUCAUGCCCUUCCAGGUGGAACCUCUCCCCGACUACCCUGAGCUCCAAGAGGACGCGGCGGGAGAUCGACCCUCCUUCAACAGAUCUGCUCUGGGGUGGGUGUCGACGGGCGAUCCAGUCCCCCUCCCUGCUGUUACCCUUGAGCCUGUGCUCAUCCCUGAGUCAGAGGACCUUUGAACCCCUAAUGAGGUCACACAGAGAUGCUGUCUGCUGGUGGGCAGGGUAACGUGUUCGGUCAGAACAGAGUCAGGGUGAGAGGAAGCUCAAGUUACCAUGCAUGCAGCAUCCCUUGGUUUUCCAGGGAUGUUUACUAUUGCACUGCUCUCAAAAAUGAAUGGAUCACCCUGUACAGUAGGCAGACGCUACUGGAAUAAAUGGAAUUUAUUGUAUAUUAAUGUGCAUAAGAGUAUUUUAUCUUGCUCAAUAAAAUGGUGUAGAAUGCAACAA